ACUUUGUUUAACUUCUUUCCACAGAUGACAUCAGUCUUUCCAUUAGCUUUGUUGCUCUGUUUGUCCAGCGGACUGUUGACUGCAUAUGGUCAAGCUUCCUGCCCUGUUGGUUGGAAUCAGUUAGGCACUCGCUGUUUCGCUUUCUACAUCCAGACAAAGACCUGGUCUGAUGCAGAGAACUUCUGCCAGUCCGCUGGGGGGCAUCUGGCUUCCAUCCACUCAGAUGCGGAACAUGGAUUCAUCAAAAACCAGAUUUCCAAGUUGACCGGUGCACAGACAACUGCCUGGAUCGGAGGCACCGACGCAGUGAAGCUGUUUACGUGGCUUUGGUCUGAUGGAUCCAAAUUUGACUACGCAAGCUGGAAUGCGGGGGAGCCUAACAACGCUGGUGGAACGGAGUUCUGUCUUACGAUGAACGGGGGUGGAGUAAACUGGAACGACUUGACUUGUACCAACCAGGCUUCUUUCGUCUGCUCCAAGAACCUGUGUUGA